AUGUCAACUAACGAAAAAAUAAUUGAACUAUUAAAGGAAAUUAAAGACGACUUAAAAGAAGUAAUUUUAAAUCCUAAAGUUGAGGCUAAAUGGUGGAAGGGACAAUGUUCUAGCGGUUGCUGUUCUGCUUAUCACAUGAAUAAAUUUGACUUAGAUAAGCAUAUUGAAGAAAUAAAAAAUGAAACUAUGAAUAAAAUAAAUUAUCAAGAUUUAUAUUUAGAUUGUUGGGGGGCCUGUAAAAAUCCCCCCGAACACCAAGCCUACAUAAAGAAAACAGUAGGCAAUAAUCAUUAUUGUCGCAAUUGUGGAAAAGUAGGAGGAAAAGUAGAAAUAGAUGUGUUUGAUAUUAGAGUUUGUGCUGAAAAGAUAAAAAGUGAUGAUUAUAAAUAUUGUGGUAGUUCCAUAAGAAAAUUAACUUAA